ACUCAACAUGGCCAGCCAUGAUAGUAGCUAAGCACCUUUCCUGCGCUGGAGCCUGCUCUCACUCGGGUGGACAGGCAGCCGGUUACCAUGUCAAAUACGUCAACCAGGUGCCUGCCAAUUAACGACGCACAACUACGAACCCACCCCAUCAGAAUGCGAUAGGCGGACUGCAUGGUUGCAUCAGAACUCAGCUUCUGUCUUGGGCAGGACGUGGGGCAGAAUACCCCUGGAGCUCCGUUAUCGUAUCACGAGAUAUUGCCUCUGGAUUUUUGCAGUAAAAUAUACGGAUACAAAAGAAAUUUCGAGGGCAUCAAUUACCUUUCAUCUCUGAGCAACUCUGCUAACAAGUACCAUGCUAAACUCGUCUUCAAACCCAACCCCAAGCAGCCUGUCAAGAUCAUCUAUAUUUCUGAGAAUCAUCUUAGUGUUAAGAUGAUUUUCUGCACUUGUAGGGACUGCCCAGAGAUCAACAAAUCUCAAGAUCUAUAGUAGCAGAUAGUACAUGUUGAGACUUCGACUAGACUUGUGGUGUAAAAGGGAUAGCCUUUCGAUACGCAGCGUUGCCUCCGAGGAGAAGCAAACGACCUCGCCACUUACAUUAUAGGCCAC